CCUGGAAAUCGACAUACAGUAUAUACCUUGUAGAACCCCGUGAUGUAUACGGAGGGAUCCCACCUUCUCCUGAUACGAGUGGGGGGGGAGGGGGGGUCCGGGGAGAGCGGAUAUAGUGAAUGCGGGGUCCGGGGAGAGGGAUACAGUGAAUGCGGGAGCGGAUAUAGUGAAUGCGGGGUCGGGGGGAGAGCAGAUACAGUGAAUGCGGGGUCCGGGGAGAGCGGAUACAGUGAAUGCGGGGUCCGGGGAGAGCGGAUACAGUGAAUGCGGGGUCCGGGGAGAGCGGAUACAGUGAAUGCGGGGUCCGGGGAGAGCGGAUACAGUGAAUGCGGGGUCCGGGGAGA